GAAGUCGGGGCGCGGCGCGGCGCGGCUGGCUGCGGUGCGGGAGCGUUCCCCGAGGCGCCGGGAGCUGCGUGCGGGAUUCCUCUUGUCUGCUCGGGCUGACAGUCUCGGCUCGACCAUGGCGACGUACACCUGCAUCUCCUGCCGCGUGGCGUUCCGGGACGCGGAGCUGCAGCGGGCCCACUACAAGACGGACUGGCACCGCUACAACCUGCGGCGCAAGGUGGCGGGCAUGGCCCCGGUGACGGCCGAGGGCUUCCAGGAGCGCGUGUGGGCGCAGCGGGCCGUGGCCGAGCGCGAGAGCCAGGGCACGGCCACCUACUGCACCGUGUGCGGCAAGAAGUUCGCGUCCCUGAACGCGUACGAGAACCACCUGCGGUCGCGGCGGCACCUGGAGCUGGAGAAGAAGGCGGUGCAGGCCGUGAAUCGGCAGGUGGAGCUCAUGAACGAGAAGAACCUGGAGAAGGGGCUGGGCGCGGACGGCGUGGACAAGGACGCCAUGAACGAGGCCAUCCAGCGCGCCAUCAAGGCGCAGCCGGCCGCGUCGCCCAGGAAGGUGCCCCCGGCCGAGGCCGCCCGUGGGCGUGGGGCUCCGGAGCGGGACCCGGCCGAGAAACCGCCCCGGCUGCAGUGGUUCGAGCACCAGGCCAGGAAGUUGGCAAAGCAGCAGGGCGAGGAGGAGGAGGACGACGAAGAGGAGGAGGAGGACCUGGAUGAGGAAGAUUGGGAAGACAUUGAUUCUGAUGAAGAGCUGGGAUGUGAGGACGCCGACGCCGUGGACGACACGGAGGAGCAGGACGCGGAGGAGUGCCCGUGCCAGGGUGCCAUCCCCGUAACGGACUGCUUGUUCUGUCCUCAUCACUCAAGCUCCCUCGUGAAGAAUGUGGCUCACAUGACCAAGGUCCACAGCUUCUUUAUUCCCGACAUAGAGUAUCUUUCAGAUCUUAAAGGACUGAUUAAAUACUUGGGUGAGAAGGUCGGUGUUGGAAAGAUUUGCUUGUGGUGCAAUGAGAAGGGGAAAUCCUUCUACUCCACGGAGGCCGUGCGGGCCCACAUGAACGACAAGAGCCACUGCAAGCUCUUCACGGACGGGGAUGCCGCCCUGGAAUUCGCAGACUUCUAUGACUUUAGGAGCAGCUACCCCGACCACAGGGAAGGGGAGGACCCCGAGGAAGCUGAGCAGUUGCCCUCCGAAAAGAACUUGGAAUAUGACGAAGAAACCAUGGAGCUGAUUCUGCCUUCUGGUGCCAGGGUGGGUCAUCGCUCCUUGAUGAGAUACUACAAACAGCGAUUUGGCUUAUCACGAGCUGUUGCGGUUGCUAAGAAUCAGAAGGCUGUGGGCCGGGUGCUGCAGCAAUACAGAGCCCUCGGAUGGACAGGCAGCACAGGAGCAGCCUUGAUGCGAGAGCGGGACAUGCAGUAUGUUCAGAGGAUGAAAUCAAAGUGGAUGCUGAAGACUGGAAUGAAGAACAAUGCCACCAAGCAGAUGCACUUUAGGGUCCAAGUGAGGUUCUGAGGGUCGGCCAGGACUGAUGAUGUGUCUGGUACAGGUUCCCUCCAUGUGUGAGGACCACCAGAAGACCAACUGAUGGAGCUCUUGGCUGCUGUGUUUGUUCUGGCCUGAUAAUAAAAGGGUCCUGUAGCUUUCA